AGUCGAACUCGAAGUAUCCAAAAACCCUACACCCCCAUAGCUGAUCUGUCCCGCCUCCUUCAAUCUCUCUCUCACUGAGCUCCGAAUGGACGAGAGACUGUACACGGCCGAGAAAAAGGUUCUUGUUGAAAUCGUUAAGUUCGUUCAAAAGAGAGGACUGAAAGGUAAAAAAGGAGGAUGGAAGGAGUUUUUGAAUUCUUAUGACAAAAAGUUUGGUGCUUCUUUGAGUGAUCCGUCGAGGCGGUCUAACGGUGUUUUGGUAUCUUUUCUUAAGACAUUUACUAAAGAAGAUGAUUUGAAGCUUUUUGAUAGAAUGUUGCAAGGUUAUUUAAAUAGGGCCACGGCUGAUCAGUUUGGAAAACAAUCUUUGGAUAAUGAAUCCCCUGAGCAGAGGCUUGUUCGUUUAACUUUGGAACACCCACAAUAUCCACUAGAUUAUACAUUCCCAUCAGGCGAUGAGGGAUGGAUCAUUACCAAGCUCCCUAAAAAAUCUGGGAUGUUGAGAUCAAAUGCCAUGGUUGCUGUUGAUUGUGAAAUGGUUCUCUGUGAAGAUGGCACAGAAGCGUUAGUGAGAGUUUGUGUUGUGGAUCGUGAUUUACAGGUCAAAAUUGAUAAACUUGUAAAUCCAAACAAAGCAGUGGCUGAUUAUCGGACUGAGAUUACAGGAGUUGCUGCAGGAGAUUUGGAUAGUGUUACUUGUUCGGUAGCAGACAUACAGAAAUCCAUGAAGAAGCUGUUAUCCGAUGGGACUAUUUUAGUGGGCCACAGUUUACACAAUGAUCUGCAAGUUUUAAAGAUAGACCAUGCAAGAGUGAUUGACACCUCAUAUAUCUUCAAAUAUUUGGACGCAUCUAUCUCUAAAAGACCGUCUUUGAAUAACUUGUGCAAGUCUGUACUGGGAUAUGAAGUUCGAAAGCCUGGUGCUGCUCAUAACUGCCUAGAUGAUGCGUGUGCUGCAAUGAAACUAGUUCUUGCUAAGCUAGAGCUUGGUGACAUUCCACUGGUUCAAGAAGAUGUGCCCCAAGCUGAAAUGGAAAAGCUACUGCUCCAUAGGAUACCGAUCAAUGUUCCUAGGGAAGAAAUAUCUAGAGUCAUCCCCGGAGAUGUUGCAAUUGAAAUAAAGCCAUCUAAAAAGGCUCAAGGUCGCCAUUACUCUGUGUUUGCUGUCUUUAAUAGUCCUCAAGAAGCAAACCGAGCAUUUGAAAAUAUAGAAGGCAAUGAAGAAAAGGAUUCAUCUGGACUACCUCAGAAACAAGUUGCAUUUCAGUUUGGCAGAGGAGUAACUGCUAGUAUGUACAUCCGUAAAAUGGCACAGGGUGAUUCACAGUGCCAAGUUUUGUCAAAUAAAAGAGCAUUUCAGGGUGAGGAGAAAUCUAUUGAGUCCAAAAAGCUUAAGACAGACAAACCUGUAGAGGAAACAAUGGCAAAUUUUAAUCAAUUUGAUGAUCACUUAAAAGAGAUUGAGAGGUUGAAGCAAGAACUGAAACAGAAAGAUUUUCGAAUUGUUAUGCAGGAUAAGAUCAUAGCUGAUCUUCAAAAGAAGGUUGAUAAAAUGAAAAAGAGCCUUAAAGAAAAACCAAUUUUGGGGCUUAACUUACUGCGUAGUUUGUAUAGUCUCACUAGUUUUACCUGAAAUGGUGGAGGAAGUGUUUUCUUCAGUUUUUGUUCUGAGUUAGGACUGAUAUUAUCUCCAAUGAAUUUAGUUUUAAUUUA